CAAAUGAAUUUAUAUAUAUGUAAAUUAAAAUUUCACUGUUAAUUUAGUUUAGAGACGUUCAAAAUGAUCAGCGCGGUAUGUCCCACUUCAAUUGGACAUUAGAGACGGGGACAAACUAUCAUAUUUUGCGCACAGCGUGUUAUCCUUACAUGAAAUAUCACUGCAGCAAACGCGAAGUACAAGAUCUGUCGCUGGAAGACAAAUUCUUUCGAUUCCUGAAAAUCAUUAACUUGGGACUACCAAUGCUAUUUUAUGGACUUGCGGCGAUACAUCUAAUUAGCCAUACAGAGGUUGUGCAUGUCAGUGAUAAGAUAAACGUGCCAAUUUAUUUUCUGUAUGCUGAGGAUAAAGGUGCUAGCUUCUGAACGAAAAACAGUGAAUAAGAAAUUUUGAAUAUAUAAAAUAUAUACAUAGAAAGACUGUUCAAAUGA